CCGCUCGAAUUCAAAACGAAAAGAGACGAAAACAUGUCAACUAGACCCUCAGAUCCAAUUUGAUAUUGGCGAAGUGAGAGAGAGAGAGUAAUGGCCGGAGAGACAGAGGAAGAUAAUCGACUGAAACAUAAAAUUGCGAAAAUCUUGGACGAGGCCCGGACCUCCUUCGCCACCCACAACCGAAAGCUCAAGGAGCUCUCAGCCGUCCGGUCGAAAUCUUCGUCCCCACUCCACUUCUUUUCUGCCUUCUCCAAAAUCCUGAUCCCCCUAUUCACGUUCCAGCGCCGCAUCGCCUCCACCGAGCGUGUCGUACGCUUCGUUUCUGUCUUUGCCGGCACCCGUGACCCCAAUAAUGCCUCCGAUUGCGACGAGUUUCUGGCGGAGUUUCUCAGGUUCCUUCUAAAUGCUGCCGCAGCGGCCAACAGGACCGCGAGGUUUCGUGCCUGCCAAAUUGUUUCGGAGAUUAUCAUGCGGUUGCCAGAUGAUGCUGAAGUGAGCGAUGAACUAUGGGACGAGGUGAUAGACUGCAUGAUGCUGCGCGUGAGGGACAAGGUCCCCGUUAUCCGUACAUUUGCAGUCAGGGCUCUUUCCCGCUUUGCAAAUGAUGGUGAGAACAGCGAUAUUCUAGAUUUAUUUCUUGAGGUGCUUCCCCUAGAACAGAAUGCGGAAGUUCGUAAGACAAUAGUACUAUCAUUGCCUCCGUCAAAUGCGACAUCACAAGUAAUAGUUGAUUGCACUGUGGAUGUGAGUGAGUCAGUUCGCAAGGCAGCAUACUGUAUUCUCGCUAAUAAAUUUCCUCUUCAAAGCCUAAGUAUAAAGCUCCGAACGAUAAUUCUUCAGAGAGGACUUGGUGAUCGUUCUCUAGCAGUCUCAAAUGAGUGUUUAAAGUUAAUGAAAGAUGAAUGGCUUAUUAAAUGCUGCAAUGGAGACCCUGCAGAACUUCUCAAGUAUCUCGAUGUUGAAACCUAUGAAUUGGUGGGGGAUGCUGUGAUGGGGGCUUUGUUAAGAGCUGGUUUAGUUAAUCUACGUGAUGGUGGAAGUAUUCAGCAAUACAUAUCAACAGUUGAUGGAAUGAAAGGGGACUCGGUGGGUCGUAUCCCAAGCAUCCAGCUAAUGGAAGCAGAGGUUGCACUUUAUUGGAGGACUGUAUGCAGACAUUUGCAAACUGAAGCACACGCAAAAGGCUCUGAUGCUGCUGCCACAAUGGGCACUGAAGCAGCAGUAUAUGCAGCAGAAGCUUCGGACAAUAAUGACCUUCUCGAGAGAAUUCUUCCCGCAACAGUUUCUGAUUUUAUAGAUUUGGUGAAAGCUCAUAUUGAUGCUGGACCGAAUUAUCGCUUUGCAUCUCGGCAGCUGCUAUUGCUUGGUGCAAUGCUUGAUUUUUCUGAUGCCACAAACAGGAAGGUUGCUGGUACAUUUGUGCAGGAACUGCUGCACAAACCUCUUGAGCAUGAAUUGGAUGAUGAUGGGAACAUUGUUGUCAUCGGAGAUGGAAUAAAUCUUGGUGGAGAUAGAGAAUGGGCUGAUUCAGUGUCUGGGCUGGCAAAGAAAGUCCACGCUGUCGAUGGUGAAUUUGAAGCUGUUGUUCUUGGGGUUGUGGAAGAACUUGCUCGGCCUUGCAGGGAGCGAACGGCAGAUGUUAUGCAGUGGAUACACAGCCUUGCUGUGACUGGCCUUCUCUUGGAAAAUGCUAAAUCUUUCCGCUGGCUUCGAGGACAGUCUAUUGAACCUGCUGAACUUCUGCGAUCUUUAUUGCUUCCUGGGGCAAAGCAUGUUCACUUCGAUGUGCAGAGGAUUGCUGUCAGGUGUCUUGGGCUUUUUGGUUUGUUAGAAAAGAAGCCAAGUGAGGAACUAGUAAAGCAGUUGACACUUUCUUUUGUUAAUGGUCCAGCUUCAGUUAGUGUUGCUGCUAGUAAGGCGUUAAUCGAUCUUGGGUUGUGGCAUGAACCACAUGAAGUUGAUAGGGCCUUGGGGAAGGAUUUUUCAUACCCAGAUGAUAAGAAGUCUUUUGUUCCCGUGAAUUUAUCUGAUAUAGAUGAAGUUUUAAACGUUCAAAUGCUUGAUCUUUUAUAUGCUGGAAUUGAAAAGGAUGACUGGGACAACUCGUUAUCAAGUGAUGAAUAUGAGUCUGUUCAAGCUAUUAUUGGGGAGGGAUUUGCGAAGAUUCUUCUGCUAAGUGAGAACUAUCCGAGCAUACCAGCUUCCUUACAUCCCCUCCUCUUGGCCAAGCUCAUUAAUUUGUAUUUUAGCAAUGAAAGAAAAGACCUGCAGAGGUUGAAGCAAUGUUUAUCUGUUUUCUUUGAGCAUUAUCCUUCUCUCUCUGCUGCUCACAAGAAAUGUUUAUCCAAGGCUUUCAUUCCUGCCAUGCGUUCAAUGUGGCCAGGCAUCAAUGGAAAUGCUGGGGGUCCUACAUUGAUGGUGUCUAAUAUGCGUAAGCGUGCAGUACAAGCAUCACGUUUCAUGCUGCAGAUGAUGCAGGCUGCAUUAUAUGAACGGGAAACUCCAAAUGUGGAUGACAAGGGGAAUGGGGAACUACCGGAAGUACUAAAUGGUUCCCUAGAACCUCCACUUGAGUGUGGUGAAGAGGGGCUUGCAAUACGCAUUGCUGUUGAGGCGACAGGCUUCCAAAUGAAGAAGACAGCUGCUGAGAGAUCAUAUGUUUCAGCACUAGGUAGAAUACUGGUCUUGCUCCGUUUUCGGUCAUCAGAACAGGGGGCAAUAAAGUUAAUGAGGAGGCUUCUAAGUCAUGUGGCUGGAUCUGUCUCAGCAGAGAAGGAUCUUGUGAAGGAACUGAAGCGAAUAGCUGAACACCUAAAGUCAGUAGAUGCAGACCCAGAUCAGGAAUUGUUGCAAGAUGAAGCUAAUCUUAUCUUGGGUAGGUUAGACUUGGACUUAAACCUGGACGUUGCUGUUUCAAUGCCACAAACUCCAGCCCCACGCUCAACCAGACCAUCUCGUUCCAGGAGACGGAUAAGGCUUGAAGAGGCCUCUUCUGAUGAAGAAGUUCUAUCUAGUUCUGUUCCUACUGUUGCUGCCACAAUAAGCACGCGCUCACAGAGGGCAAGUAAAACUGCAGCUUUGACCAAGAUAACUGCCAGCAGAUCCAUCAGGAUGAAUGCUGAUGACGAAGAAGGCUCUGAAGUGACAUCUGAGGAAGAUUCUGACGAGUCUGGUGAUUAAACCGUGAAUGUGGAGCUCGACAUGACAGUUCCCUCUCCCAAUGAGAUGUAUCUGUUCACCAAAAGUAAUAUAUGUAGUUGUAUGAUUGGUAUUUAGGCUGCUGUUUUUGUAGUUUGUACAGAUGGUGCAUUGGACUAUGCAAGCGUGUUUCUGAAGUUGGGGUCGGGAUUCGGGAAUGCUAUGUUUGACAACGCCUUAAAAGAUUGAUCUUUUGCCCCCGUA